AUGUCCUUCCGCAAGCGCAAUGUUGGCCUCUCAGGCUCGUCGCGCUUAGAAAGUACACCGUCAUCUCCGGAGAAAAAGGCUCAACUGUCUGGGACUCGCCCUUCACCGGCUGAUGGACGAUUGACGACUUCGACUGGCACUGCCAGCCUUGACUCGCUUCUUGCCGGGCAUUCUGCCUUGGCUCUGGGAAGCUCAGUGCUCAUCGAAGAGAAUGGCACCACUGACUACGCCGGCGCACUGCUACGGUUCUUUGCCGCAGAAGGCUUACUCCAAGGCCACCAUGUACAUGUCGUUGGCAUGCCCGAGAGCUGGGGACGAGAACUCCCCGGGGCCGUCUCGCAGACAGCGGAUAAGAAAGAGAAACAAGUUGAGAAUGCGGAAAAGAUGAAGAUUGCAUGGAGAUAUGAGAGUUUGGGACAGUUCGGAGCCAGCACAAAUGCAAGAGAACGCUCGCAAAUAUCGACUACUUCCAGAGGUCAAGGAGAUGAACCUGCCCCUCUAUCGUUCUGUCACACUUUCGAUCUGACAAAGAGACUCAUUCACCCAGCUUCCUCGAAGUUGGACUUUCCGCACCUAGGACUUAACCCAACCCAGUCGCCCUUUGCCCCGGUGUUGAAACAGCUCAGCAAUACCAUUACAAGCUCUGCAGCUAAUACCGUCCACCGUAUCGUUAUUCCCUCAAUGCUCUCUCCUGCGAUAUACCCGCAACACUCCAGUCAGCCCGAGUAUGUCCUGCAUUUUCUGCACGGACUUCGUGCCCUCUUCGCUGAGUUUCCAAAUCGAACGAUUGCCAUGAUGUCACUCCCUUUAUCCCUCUAUCCUCGAUCGUCGGGAGUGGUAAGAUGGAUAGAGCUGUUGAAUGAUGGCGUCUUCGAGCUUUCUCCUUUUCCUCACUCUGCUGAUGCCGACGCACCCGUUUCUCGUGGCCCAUCAGGGACCGCAGAAGAGCCACCCCAAGGGUUGUUGCAGGUUCAUCGAUUACCGAUGCUACAUGAUCGAGGCAGUGGUAGCGUACCUUCUGAGAACGACUGGACGUUCACUCUAAGCAGGAGGAAAUUCACCAUCAAGCCGUUCAAUCUCCCUCCGAUCGAGGGUGAUACAGAAGCUCAGCAUCCCUCUACAGCGGAGCAGAAGGGUAAGAAGGCCGAGGUCGAAUUUUGA